CGGUGGGGGUAGAAAUGCACAAAAACCGGACCACGACCGAUCGACGUGAAUAUCAUCGCCGGUCCGACAAUUAAAUUCGUCCGGUUAUUCUUCCGUAAAUCAAUUUAUUAUUGCCGUUGUGUUUCGAAGUUCGUAAAUCAGUGCCGGGGACUGUGAUUUUUUUUUGGUCUAAUGGAAACGACGCUCCUUAAUGUGGUGUUCGUUUUUUGGACACUUUCCUGCUGUCGCUGGGGAAGCUGUCAGACGCUGAUAAGCGAUGACGAAGAUCAGGAAACAGUAAUAACUUCGUCUGUGGACGCCGUGUUAUCGCGGAGUGCGACAUUGCCGUGUGACAUUGAACCCCAUAUUAGAGAAGACCGAGUCUACAUGGUCCUGUGGUAUAGAGAUGGACAUAGUAAGCCGAUUUAUAGUUUUGACGUGAGAGGUCGCGCCUUCAACAAAGCGCUUCAAUGGUCGGAUCCGAACAUGUUCGGUCCGCGGGCUUACUUUGUGACGGUUUCGAAGCCCGCUGCCCUCACACUGGACGGGGUUCAGCUGGACGACGAGGGCGUCUACAGGUGCCGGGUGGACUUUAGAACAUCACCAACAAGAAAUUUUGCCAUCAAUUUAACUGUUAUCGUACCACCGCACCAACUUCUCUUAUACGAUAGUUCGGGACGGGACGUCUCUGGAGUUAUCGGUCCAUUAGAAGAAGGGGCGGAUUUGAUAUUAACCUGCGAAGUAAGAGGAGGAAGACCAAGUCCAACGGUAUCGUGGUUUAUCAAUGACCGUCUCGUGGAAGGUCAAUUGGAAGCCAUUGGUAAUCACGUCGUCGUAAACCGAUUGGAAGUCAAAGGAAUUGGCAGAGAGAGGUUAAACUCUACCUACAAAUGUCAGGCCAGCAAUACCAAACUUAUGAUGCCUGCCGAAAAAACGGUCAGACUGGAAUUGUUACUUCGGCCGAUGAGCGUGGUAAUUCCCAUAAAACCAGAACAGUUAGUUUCUGGUCAGGAGAUAACGAUUAGAUGUGAAUUAUUUGGAUCCAGACCAAAGGCGAUUGUAACGUGGACUAGAGACAACAGACCUUUCAGAAGAGGAAAAUUUCUCGACGAGGGCACGAACGACACGUUGGUCUUGCACUCCGUGACGUUCGUUCCGGUCCCGGAAGACGACGGGACGAUUUUAAAAUGCAUCGGAGAAAAUCCCAAAUUGCCUGACAGCAGCCUGGAAGAUUCGUUUAGAUUAAACGUCGUCUAUCCGCCGCAAGUGACUCUCCAUUUAGGCAGCACCCUCAACCCCGAGGACAUAAAAGAAGGCGACGAUGUUUAUUUCGAGUGCAACAUUAAGGCCAACCCCAAACAGCACAAAAUUACCUGGUAUCACGGCGGGCUACUGGUAAACCAAAACGUAUCUUCCGGCAUCAUCAUCAGUACGCAUAGUUUGGUCCUCCAAAGUGUUACUAGAUGGCAGGGCGGAGCUUACGCAUGUUUAGCCGCCAAUUCCAGAGGCGAAACAAUGAGUGACCCGGUACAUUUGAGAGUUAGAUAUGCGCCGGUCUGCAGUAAAGAUUCGGAGGUUACUGUCAUAGGAGCUUCUCUAGACGAAGUGUUGAAAGUGAGGUGCCAAGUGUCGGCGGACCCCUCUGAUGUCACUUUUAUCUGGCAAUUUAAUAACAGCGGCGAGAGUUUAGAUGUUUCGCCGUCAAGAUUCAAUACCUACAGCGGUAAUAUUAGUGAACUAACGUUCUCAGCAUCAUCGCAGAUCGAUUACGGUACCCUAACUUGUUGGGGUUCGAAUUCCGUGGGACGCCAAGUCGAACCUUGCAUAUUCCAGGUGGUCCCUGCCUCAAAGCCUUCAUCACUAUCGAACUGUACACUACGAGGUGCCAACAACCAAUCAGCGGACACCGUAGAGGUGCAGUGCAAAGCAGGUUAUGACGGUGGAGUGCCCCAACAAUUCGUUUUGGAGGCAUAUGAGGCGCACAGCAUGCGAUUAAGGAUAAACCAAACAAUUCUUGAUUCAGAAAACCCGGUGUUUCAUCUGGAUCUGGGGGAACUUUUGCCAUCUCCUCCGUCGCUUAGAAUAGUUGUGUAUGCAGUAAAUGCGAAAGGAAAGAGCGAAAAAUUGGUUUUGGAUGACAUCAUGCUAAACGAUGCCGAAAAGAGAACUGAUGGUAAUUCGGGUAUGAACUUGGUCCCCUUGGCCGGUCUUCUAACCGGUUCACUUCUGACACUCGGCGUUGCCGUAUUGGUGAUCGUAGUGGUAGCGGUGAGAAGAAAACGUCACUGCGACGGAAGUAACUACUGCCCUCAUCACAUAACCCUCGACGCAUCGAAGCAAAACUCAAAGACUGAACAGGGAUCCAUGUUAGAGAUAAAUACAGGUGACAAUCGAUACGUGGUGGCCUACACACUAAAGCCAACGAAUCCAGCCUAUUCCCAUUCGAACUCUGCCCAAGAUAGUAUGAUUUUAACUCCCGACUCGCACAGCCAGCCCGACAUACUCAACACUCCCAGAGCGAAAAUCAUUGAAUCAGGUGGCGACAUCGUAGGGACUUUCGGAGAACAACACCCCGACGAUGUUUUGACCGCAGACGCCAGAAGUCUGACAAAUUGCAAAUCUCCACCGAACUUGCAGUCGCCAUCUAGCUGCGACUUGAACAGCAGCAGGACCUUGGGAAGGCCUAAACUACGUCCCAGGGACAUGUCGUACUCAUCGUUCGCGACAUUGAGGCGGGACCACAUCAUAGCAGAUUCCAUCCCAGGGCCAGAAAGUUGCGUCUAAUGCAACUAAAUUUCUAAAUCGAUAUGAAUACUAAGGACGAGUACUAACUGUGAUUUUUUAAAAUAACGCGAAUGUGUGUUCGGUGUUGGACUUGCAUAGCGAACAGAUCAGCGUUAAUCAGCAGAUAAUGAGCUAUUUCUUUCUCGAAAAUAGUUGGGUUAUUAAAGGUAUUCGAAUUUAUCGAUAAGCCUCGAGGUGACACAGAUUUGCUUAGAGUCAAACUUACUGGGCCGAACCGUUGGAGUUCUGAUAAACCUUUUUUCAAAGGAUUUUUUUAAAACAUUAAAUGAUAUUGAGAUACUUGGAAACCGUUGUCCCCAAAAUUUGGUAAAUUUUUAUUUAGUUUCUCCAACGAAAUAUUUAAUUCGGAUACUAAACUGAACGGCGGGUUAGGUAGGACACCAAAAAAAUUGAGUUAUAAUAAAUUCCAGUUUUCUUUGUAGGUGUUAAAUUUUCAACGUGAGUUGUAGUAAAGUGUUCUUUGUUUGUGCGCCAAUGGUGUCCCUUUUUUUAAAUCUCUUGUCCUUAUAGAGCGCGGCGAAAAAAUUCCGUUUUUUGUCAAAUAAUUUUUAAUUGAUUCGGAAUGACUAGUUUUUUAUUUAUUUUUUAAAUUCGCCUUUCAUAUUAAAUUUAAAACUAAACUGCAUCAAGCAAUAACUUGUAAAUAAACUGUUAACAUCGACAGUGUGCAAAAAGUAGUUUUUGAAGUUUUAUAUCAUAUUUUUAUUGAUUCUUAUGUAUGUCUUGUUUGUUGUAAUGUAUGUGUUCGCUACUAAGUUUUAGUCUCAAUUUUCACAUUCAAUUUGACAUUCAGAGGUAUUCCAUAAGAAUGAAAACAUUUUCUCAUUUUUUUUUAAUUUUAAUACACUUGCAGGAGUAAAAAGAUGAAAUAUACAUAAUAUAUUUCCAAGAAUAUUUUUUUAAAUUUGCUAUAUAUAUAUUAAAAAUUAAUAAAGAAUAUGAUUCUGGAUUUAGUGAUUCAUCCAACUUCAUAAAGAACUUUACAAGAUUCCCUGUUUUUUCUAACUUAUUCACCAAGAAUUGAAUUUUUUCGCUGCCUUUCACGCACGGUGUAGUGAAAAAAAUGGAUACCAUUUGCUCAUAGAGCAAAGAUCACUCGCACGAUAUCGUCCAAAUUAAGCAACUCCUUGGAUCUUCCCCUUCAAAUGCCUUUCACUUUAUUUGAUGACACAUAUUAUAUCUAGAAUAAGAAAUAAAUACAUCUUGAAAAGGGUUUUUCGUUUCGUACUUUCCAAAUUAAGGCUCCAAAUUUGUUAGAAUGCCUGUAUUAACAAAUCAUCCGGGUUUAAGGAAGAAUAAUCGAUCUCGGCAUAUGUUGUUCUGUCCUGUCCUGGUUUUAUCUUGAGUUUUAAUAGAGAGCUGCAUAGUUGAGUCAUAAGCCAAUCAUAGUACAUAGCAAAAGCAAAUAGCUGCUCUAGGAAGGCAGGGCAGUUGAAGAAGAAGUACUUAAUUGAUAUUUUUAACUGUGAGUUGAAUACCUCUCUUAUUGAAUAUACAAAAUUAAUUUCUUCCAUAAUCUGACUCGAUUUGACUGAAACAUUAUAACGUUAUAGUUUUCGUAUUGUUUUUACUUGUUUGCUAGUGCUAUGCGCCUACUUACCGAUAAACUGUUUUACACCGUUAUUUUCAAGUGUGGCUCUAUUAUUAGCUGUACUUUUUUUUAAUACCCCAAUGAAAUUUGUUACAUAAUAGGACAAUAAUAAUUAGAUUUUCUAAAUAAAAUUUAGGAUACCAAAAAAUGUCACCUGAGCUGUUUAUGCUAUACCCGCCAUGCGGAAUAUUUACCGAAAUAAAACGUUUCUUUAAAAUUAAAAUUGUCUUCGUUUAAUUUGGCUCUAAGUGAACUUGCAAACUAGUUGAGGCAGAAUAAUAAGAUGUAAAAAUAAAACUCAUCGAUUUUCACUAUCUGUGGUCAGUGAAAUCAAAUCAAAUUUCUGAUUUCUAUAUGGCAAAACUUGCUGGACCACAGUUUGUUUAUGUUUUCGAUAUGUUUAGA